UGUGCUUAUCCUGUGUGGAUGUGGCCGCUGUUUCACAUUCCUCGCUCUAUUCACCUGAAUUACAUGAAGGUCGCUGCUUGGGGCGAGGCAGUAAAGUUAAAUUAUGUUAGGGCAUGCCAAAUGCUUGACAAUGCAGUCCAUUAAAUGGCAUAAUACGUCUCUAAAAAUAUCACAUUGUGUUUUUCAUUUAAAGAACAAAGUAAGGAUGGAUUUUUUUUUGUAAUGUCUACUGCAUAUUUUAGAUAAAGGUGAACCUGAAGUAAGUCUCUGCGUGCCCUUUGUCACACCGAUGUGCGUCACGCCGAGAAAAGCUCUUGAGCAGGAAGUCAAUUUCUGAAGAGGCGGACGGAGCAGAUACUGCCGACCGCAAACAUUACAGCGCGACGCCGAUGAGACCGGAGAAGGCAGGCAGCCAGACGUCAGCUCUCUCUACAUGGAGCCACAGCAAGUCAGGGAGGGCUACCUAGUGAAAAAGCGCACGUUGCUGAACUCCUGGAAGGUGGUGUGGGUGAUUCUGUCAGAUGAUGGUGUGGAGAUCUACAGGAAGAAGGUUGACAGCACUCCCAAAGCAAUGAUCCCGCUGAAGGGAGCCAAGCUGAGUAGCACAUGCCAAGACUUCCUGAAAAGGACGUUUGUUUUUAAGAUCAGCACACCGAAAAGCCACGACCAUUUCUUCCAAGCCACUCAUUUGGAAGAAAUGGAGGUUUGGGUCAAAGACAUUCAGAAGACUAUCGCUGGUCUAGAUGGGGGCAUGAAGUUUGCAAGGAGGUCCGUACGGAGGGCCAGUCAGUUGCCCAGCACCGUAAAUAUAAGUGAACUGUAUAACUCGAUGAAAGACCAAAACACUGGAAUAAAGGAGAAGAAGCUGGAGAGAAACAAGAGAACAUUCAACCAGUGCUUCACAGGCAGCCAAGCGGUUGAUUGGCUGGUGUCCCAGGGGCGAGCCAGGAACAGGACAGAGGCGCUAAUGCUAGCUACAGGGCUCCUGGACGAGGGGUACCUGCAGCCAGCUGGGGAAGUGUCCAAGAAGGCAGCUGCGAUGCAGUCGGUGUCUGUUCUGCUGGACCAAUCAGAUGCCUUCUAUUACUUUAUGGACAGUGGCUUUUUCUCGGAGGGGUACUCAAGUGACGAGGACACUGUCACAAAGGAGGAAUUCAAGGGCAUUAUCAUAAAGCAGGGAUGUUUGGUGAAGCAGGGGCAUCGCAGAAAGAAAUGGAAAGUCCAGAAAUUUAUUCUCAGAGACAGUCCUCCAUAUUUGCACUACUACGAUCCAACCAAGGAUGGAGGUGAUCCCCUUGGAUCCAUCCACCUCCGAGGCUCGGUCGUAACUGCUGUGGAUCAUCUACCCGAAGCUAAGAAGAGUGAUGAUGCUGCCAAUCUCUUUGAAAUCAUCACUUCGGAUGAAAUUCACUAUUUCCUGCAAGCAACAACAGCAAAGGAACGCAAGGAAUGGAUUCAAGCCAUUCAUGAAGUCGCUAAGACGGGAAAAUAGCAACUGGAUGAGAACAAUAAUUAUUUGUCUAUGGCUUAUACUAUAUCUUAAGCACAGACUAAAUAUCGCACAGUUCAUCUAAGCGUCUUCCAACCUCCACACACAGGGCAGGUGAGAUCCAAACCUCGAGCACCGGAAGUAAGAGGGGACACUGAUAUUUAUCACGUCACCCAUUCUUCAGUUUAUUUGCUGUUAAAUAUUAAUUUCAGUGAAUCAUUUUGCACAUCUAUAGGUUAUGAACCAAUCCUUUGAUAAAGGAUUAUUAAUUAUAUUACCCAUGGGUAUAUAUACCCAUCUUUAAGCAUACAAAGUACACAGUACAUAGCACAUAGAAGCUCUACUACUGGAGAAAUAACUAUAAUGUAUUUAAAAGAUUUUAUAAGGGCACCUACACUUCAUGUUCUCUUUUUGUUACUUAUUAUUUAAUAACUAUCUUAUCCAACGGUUUUAGACACAUUUUAAGAAUUUACUGCGCAUCUAUUUAUUUAAGACUGUGUACUUUACUAAAGUCCUUCAAAUUGUUGUACGAACGGCGGAGAGCUGCAAUGCUGUGCUUCCUGUGGGUGCAGAAAUAUUCGAAUGUGGCUAACACCAAUUGCACCCGAUAACACAAGAGUGAUGACAGUUCUCUCAUUACUUAUUUAUAAGCUGCUUGUGCCAUCUGUGACAGGUUUAAGGCAAUGCUCAAAACAUAAAAGAACAAUUAUUCAUUUGACAAUAAAUAUUUGAAAUGCUG